AGUACUUUUCUCUUUUAUUAUCAAUAAGCAACAGAAAAAGAACCAGCGAAACAAUUUCAAUAUUCUUGAAAGUAAUGGACCAAGAACAAACACAACAUAGCCCAACCGGCCAUAGUCACUCACCUUCUUCCCCAGCUUCGGGUUCCACCUCGACUGAAACGGUUCGGUCACGAUGGUCACCUAAACCGGAACAAAUACUCAUACUUGAGUCGAUCUUCAACAGUGGUAUGGUUAACCCUCCCAAAGAAGAGACGGUAAGGAUACGAAAGAUGCUCGAGAAGUUUGGGGCGGUGGGAGAUGCAAAUGUCUUCUAUUGGUUUCAAAACCGGCGGUCAAGAUCUCGAAGGAGGCAGCGGCAACUCCAGGCUGCAGCUGCAGCUGCGGCCGUAACCACCAAUACUUGUGACCAGACCAUGAUGGUAAACACCAGCUUACCACAAUAUAGUGGGGCUGAUUUGGGGUUUGGAGGUUGUAGCACUUCCUCUAAUUACUUAUAUGGUGGGCCAUCAUCUCAAACUCCUUCAUUUUUUCUUGGUCUUUCUUCUUCUCCUCCUUGCUCAAGCUCCUCUUCAACUUCUUCUUCAGCUAGCUCUUCAACUUCUUCUUAUGGUGGUGGAUGUGAUAAUCAUAUCAAUAAUGGCAUGGAAAAUCUCUUAGCAAUGUCUGGUCAAAUGGGUUACCAUGAAGCUAGUCAGCAUCAUUAUCAACAUCAUAGCUCAAAUCUCUCACCAAUGAUGUGCCCAUCUGAUCAAAGCUCCAGUUAUGAUCACUACCAACAAGGGUUAACGGUCUUUAUAAACGGAGUUCCGACAGAAGUGACGAGUGGAGCUUACAACAUGGUGAAGCUUAUUUCCUGGUUCCAAGACAGACAUGAACUGGCUUUACUAUUGGGCUGUGUGGUUCUUCAACAGAUGCCUUAUUAAUCUACCUUGGACUUUAUUGCUGCGAUCCAUCCGUUUUUGUUUUACUUUCCCAGUCGACAUAUCGUGCAAUCAAAUUUUCUUAUGUAUUUCUUAAUUUUGUAAUAAUUAAGAAAAAGUGAAGUCAAAAAUCUCUUGUAAGACGAAGAGAUUUUAGGUUUCGUAUCAGUUUAGUGAUUUAGUUUAAAAGUAUGUAACUAUUUUUGCAAUAAAAUCUGUGUCUAGAG